AUGGAACUUGACGAGGCAUCCACAGCUGACGGCUAUUAUGAUCGAAUCAAGGCUAUUUGUGGACAAAUCAGGGUCAAAGUUUUCGAAGCACUUCAAAGGCUUAGACAGAAUAAUGCUCUAUAUCGUAAUGUUACAAUUAAUCAAUUAAUAAACAGCAAAUUACCUGAAGAUGAUGUACCGGAGUGUUUAUGGGCAACCAUGGAAGUUUCUACUAAUGUAGAAGCAGCUGAAAAUGAAAGAGCAAGUUACCUUCCUGAUCCGUUGACCAAUGCAUCUGAAUUUAACAAUACAACAGCUAUACCUAUAAUCUCAAGUGCUGUGUUAGAUGUCAAUAGUACCAAAGUGUCGUCUGAUGAAGUUGCUGAACAUCUUUUAGAACGAAUCAAAGCACAAGUGCCAGAAAAAACACACGGAAAAGACACCGAGCAAAACUCUAAACAAGACACUGUAUACAUAAUUCCUCGUGGCAACAAACCGGCCAAUGAAUAUUCUAAUCCAAAUCUUUUAUUAGAAAUCUUUCCUACCCUAUUCCCAUAUGAAUGUGGUCGGCUUGAGGAUGGUUCUCGACCGAUUCAAAUCAAUUCUCGUGAGCAUCUCAGAUAUCUUCUUUCGUAUGCAGAUCGCCGCUUUGAAGAACACUAUUCAUUUAUAUUCGUUGUCUUCAAUAUUUUACAACGCCGAACAGCAUGUUUCCACGCCCAAUUAAUGACAACAAGAUCGUGGUUUCAACAAUCUGCACAAGUUCUUAACUCAUUGAGUUCUGAAGAUGUAGCAGCAGCCCUUAUUAAUAUCUCAAAAGCGCCUUAUUCAAAAGUUACUGAUGAGAGAACAAAUACGUUGAUGAAGCACAUCAAAAUUAUUGGUGGUCACGUCAUGGGUUCAGCUCAUUCCCGAUCAGCUCUUCGUAUGAAAAUUCAUUCUUUAUGUUUUUAUCUUGGUCUUCCUAGCCUUUUCCUCACAAUCAAUCCGGCCGACAUCCAUAGUCCAGUGGCACUUUACUUUGGAGGUAUCGAUCUCGAUCUUGAUAACGUUCUGCCAGAAGUCCUGCGCACAAGUUAUGAGCGUGCUCAAAUUGUCGCGACGCACCCUGUUGCAACUGCAAAGUUCUUCAACUGUUUAAUAAAAAGCAUUUUGAAAAGCCUACUAUUGGGCGGUGUACUUGGUCCUGCAAAAGCGUAUUUCGGCACUGUACAGAGUCAAGGAAGAGGAUAGCUCCAUUUACAUCUCUUGAUUUGACUCAAUCAUGAAUAUACUCCAGCACAAUUGAAAGAAAAUAUUCAAAAUCAAGAUUUUCGUGAAAAUUUACUAAAAUAUUUAGAAGAUAUUAUAAAAGAAGAUUUAGAUUCGUUUCGAGGUAAUAUAUUUAACAUUGUUCGAAUCUGUCAUUUGAAGUUGUUACAUUUGCCUACUUGAUGCUGUUUUACACUAGGGGUCUGCAUUUCCAUGGAAACCGUUCCCGGUAGCGCCACUACAUAUAGAAGGAAGUAUAGAUUGUGGCGCUACCGGGAACGGUUUCC